CUGCUUCCACGUAACCACCAAAAAGUAUCAAGGCACCGACCAGAAAACAAUCAAGUUUCUUCCUCCUAAGCGCCCCCGAAAAUAAGGAAAGGAACGUUUGACUACAGAAAUGGCGACGACGAUUCGAUCCGACAUUCGUUCGGCUAUGCAUAUGGCGACUUCGACCUUCCUCUCUCUCAGCCCCAAGGUCCUUAAUUCCUCACGAGCCGCCGCGCGUAGUGCUCUACCGUUUUCUUCGUCCAUCUCAUCCUCCUUUACGGCGGCUACAACCACGUCGCUCAGCCUGAGAGGUUUCUCCUCCACCAACUCCGUGAGCGACGCCGUCCUGAAGGCUCCGGAAUUGCCGUCCAUAUGUACGGCCGAUGAGCUCCAUUAUGUCUCCGUAUCAAGCUCUGAUUGGAAACUCGCCCUCUGGCGCUACCAUCCUUCUCCUCAGGCACCUCAGAGGAAUCACCCGCUGUUGCUAUUGUCUGGGGUGGGGACCAACGCCAUUGGAUACGAUCUCUCCCCUGAGGCUUCAUAUGCUCGUUACAUGUCAAGCCAAGGGUUUGACACAUGGAUCCUUGAAGUUCGGGGUGCUGGGUUGAGUGUGCAGGGAGUGAAUUCCAAAGAAAUUAAGCAGUCUGCCAAUAAAAUAUCUGAGCAGAUGGAAGCUGCUUCAAGGAGUGCAACCAAUGGAGCUUUACCUGUGGGACUUCAGUCAACAAAUGGUCCUGGUGCCAUGGCAGAACCUGAUACUUUUUCUGUUAAAGGAAAAGAAUCUGAGAACGUAGUUGUAAAAGGAGACAUGAUGCGGAUAGCAACAGUGUGGGACGAAUCAAGACUGGUGAUGAAGUUGACAGAAACCUUCAUGCGUUUGUCAGAAAGACUAUCUGGUUUUCUCAGUGAAGGCCAGUCCAAGAUCAUGUUCGCCAAAUUAUCUGACCAGAUUUCCAAACUUUUGGCAGAUUCCCCAUUUUCUGAACGAUUUAAUGAGAUCAGAGAAAAGCUAUCAAGUUUGUUGGAAACAAGGCAAAAUUCCAGUAUUGCUAGCCAAAUUAGGGAUCUGAGUCAAAGGAUAGUAAAUAUAAUUGAAGAGGGUCAACGAUCUGUCUCACCUCCAUUGUUUGACUUGCAAGAGCGUUUUGCUUCAACAAUAGAAGAUUUUCAGAAACAACUUGACUUAAUAGUGAAGUACGAUUGGGAUUUUGAUAAUUACUUGGAAGAGGAUGUGCCAGCUGCGAUGGAAUAUAUAAGAAGCAAAAGCAGGCCAAAGGAUGGUAAGUUGCUGGCAAUUGGACACUCCAUGGGUGGUAUUUUGCUUUAUGCGACUCUGUCACGAUGUGCUUUUGAAGGAAGAGACUCCAGAUUGGCAGCUAUUGUUACAUUGGCAUCAUCCCUUGACUACACUUCUUCUGAAUCGACUCUCAAAUUGCUCCUACCACUUGCUGAUCCUGCACAGGCUCUUAGUGUACCUGUUGUUCCUUUAGGGGCAUUACUGGCAGCAGCUUAUCCUCUUUCAUCGCGACCUCCUUAUGUCUUGUCUUGGCUUAAUGAUCUAAUUUCAGCAGAAGACAUGAUGCAUCCAGAGUUGUUUGAAAAGCUUGUCAUGAACAACUUUUGUACCAUACCGGCCAAACUUCUCUUGCAGCUAACAACAGCUUUUCGAGAGGGUGGGUUGCAUGACAGGAGUGGAACCUUUUCAUACAAGGAUCACAUACACAAAAGCAAUAUCCCUAUCUUAGCACUUGCAGGUGACCGGGACCUUAUAUGCCCGCCUGAAGCUGUAUUGGACACUGUCAAGCUGAUUCCCGAGCACCUGGUUACCUAUAAAGUAUUUGGAGAGCCUGGAGGUCCACAUUAUGCUCACUAUGAUUUGGUGGGAGGACGAUUGGCAGUGGAGCAGGUGUAUCCCCGUGUAAUACAAUUUCUUGCUCGUCAUGACUCGACAUGAUUACAUUGGCAGUGGAACUUCGCAUCACCGAAUGAUUUUGAUUUCCAAGCAGGGAGGAUGCGCAGAUAAAGCUAGCAUUCAGAUUUUUAGCAGAAGUUGCGAUGCUUCACUUCUGUGUCGUAGAUUAGCAUUACAGUUGGUAAUAGGAAAAUCAAAACCGAGGAACAAAGGCGCAAAAAAAGCAUGCUUCGUCUCAUCAUAUAUAACAGCAUUUGGAUAUCGAAGGAGAUUAUUUCUUGCUUGUGUAAAGAAGCGGUAACAGCCCAAAUUUCUUGACUUUUUGAGGUGUCCUUUAGCGUAACAGGGAUAAUUUGCUCUGAAUUUUUUGUUUAUUGACUGUUCUCUUCGAGGCCAAUUUUUAAUUACAGUAUUUAUUUGAUUGGAAAUACAAUUGACACAUA